GGGCUACCGCUCUGACCCAACCCAUCAACCACUUCGCCUUAGCGUGAAGUCGUGAACUCUGUUCAUAGUCCAGGGCCGCCGCCUCAGCGUGGUCUUGUACAAUGGCGGAGGAUUCUGGCGCCAUCCUCCGCCACAUCUCCUCCGUCAAGGAUAUGGUCGACAAGGUUAAUGAAGAGAUUGAACAAAACAUACAGAAGACCAGGGAAAUAGAAUCAGAGAUAGUGCAACAUUCUGAAACCGAAAAGCACUAUCUCAACAAGGAGUCUGAGUUGACAAAAGAAGUAUCAGUUACUGAGUUUGAACUCAAUGGUCUUAUCCAAGUGGCUGCUUCUGAAUCAGAUUUACUUAAAGUGGCAGAGGGAAAUUUGGAGUUCCAGAAAGUUGCUCACGAUGUGAUUCGGAAAAGAGUUUCUGAUAAGAUGGAAAAAUUCAUCAAUGAAUCUAUGGGGUUUCAAGCCAAUAUGCUCAAAAGUUCAAAUGAGGAUUUAGUUCUCUUACUGAAUGAAAAAAGUUCACUGGAGGAUGAAAGUGCGAAAUUGAAAGUGAAGAUAAACAGUAUACAUAGUUCAUCCAAGGAAUACAUUGCAGAGAUUCUUGAGGAAGUGAAUACAGAAAAUUCAGUUCUGGAGUCUGAGCUACGGUACAUGAUUUCGGAAUAUAAGGAUGUCCAAAAGGAUAUAAACAACCUGAAGAUUCUGUUUAGUUCAAGCAAUUCAUAGGACAGGUUCCUCGCGUCACUGCAGGUAUAUUUAAUCUGGCUUGGCAACUGUCCUUAGAGCAGAGCCCGAAUUUAUUGUUUGAUUGUGAUUUUUCUCAUUGAGGUAACCUACUUGUAAUGACGAAAAUACAUACAGGAUUGCCACUGACAUCAAGACGACAGGAAUAAAUACCAAAUUCUUCAGUAACUUGAUAGGAAUGGCUUGUACAGGCUUAAUUUAUGGGGACUUUGCUUGAUAUGUUCGAAUCUCCCUUAAAUAUCUUCUUUAGGAUGUCGCUUCCUCACUACCUUAGUUUAGGUCACUUUUAUAAACGUAAACACUAGCAAACUCAUUAGUUCACAGAUUAUAUUAAUCAGCAAAUAUUAAAAUCAUUUAGUCAAAUGGACUGAGUUCUAUUUUCUUGCAAAAUACUAUAUCCAUUCUCGAAUAUUUGUCUCUGACUAGUUUUUUUUUCAUUUAGUCAAAUGGACUGAGUUCUAUUUUCUUGCAAAAUACUAUAUCCGUUCUCGAA